AUGAACUUUGUGCCUUCGGACCCCGACCCCACGCCGGGAUCAGCCGAGCAUGGGUUCUCCCCAUUCUUCAGCACGUCCGAUUUGACUGCCGCGACUCCCUCGGGGGUCUCACCAAAUGUCUCUUCACCCUCGAUGACCUCGAGACCAGACGAGUUCAUGUUGAGUCAGGACUACCUGUCGUACCGGGAGGAACUUCGAUCGUUGAUCUUCCAUACCGCCCAGAGCGCUGCGCCUACCCGGCAGGGAAGUCCUGCCGGCGCUGAUGAAGUGAAACUCACCCAUGAACUUCACAAUGGUCAUCUUCAGAGUCAUCGGGAUACUGCAAGGAUCUUGUCAAUAGGGAAGCGGGUCUUUUAUCUCCGGAACUAUGUUGAGCAAGUUGCUUCAUGGCUCGAUAUGUUUGACGGUGACCGUGUCUUUGGGAUGCAAAUCCCUUCUCUAGCGCAGACAUCUCCCCCAUUGCUGUAUGCCAUCCUGGCCUUGUCUGCAAGGCAGAUCGAAUGCAAAGAGAAGCGGAAGAACUCGUUCGACAGUCUCGAGCUUUAUCAAGAAGCCAUCCGACUUCUUGCUCCUCUACUUGUUGACCGUGAUGUCAAGAUCAUUCCUAUUUGUGUCAUUCUCUGUUGCUUGGAAAUGAUGUCUGCCAGUGCCCAAGACUGGCGAAGACACUUGGAAGGCUGUGCAGCGCUGUUCAGUACCUUUGGAGUGCAUGGAUUCAGUGGUGGCAUGCUCCAAGCUGUGUUUUGGUGCUAUGCAAGAAUGGAUCUGUGUGGUGCCUUGAUAUCCGAUGGCACCCAAUGCACACUCUUUCAACCCUCCAGGUGGUUACCUGCUGGUACCGAGGCCCAUGAAGCCCGGUCUCUGUUCAGAGCCUCCCAGAACCCGGAUAUGCACGCCAACUAUUCCGUAUGGCUUUGCGCCAAAACAUGUAAGCUCAUAUCCGACCGGACCCGAUAUAAUGAGCUCGCAGAGCAGAAUGGGUGCACCGAGGAAGUAUUUACCAACCGUUGGCUUGCUUUGUGGGACGAGUUGCAAGUCUGGCUCGGCACUCGACCGCGGGAACUCCAUCCAGUCAAGACGGCCGAGACCAAACCGUUCCCGCAGAUACUCUACGUUCACUGGGCAGCCAUCUCGUCAAACCAACUCCAUCACACGGCAUGCAUUCUCAUGCUAGACUCUAUGCCGAAGCCACUGAAGUUGACCAUGAACCUCGGCAUGGCUGGGUCCACCUUAUGGCAUGCGAAAUGGGUUUGUGGCAUUUCCCUCAGCAACCCGCACCAAGGGUGUAUCAACAAUGCCAUACAACCUCUUUGGCUCGCAGGGAGACUUUUGAGCCACAGAUCGGAGCAUGAAAUCAUUAUCAAGCUCCUCCGGAGCAUCGAGUCGACCACUGGAUGGGGCUCUUGCUGGAGAAUACCGGACCUGGAGUCUGCUUGGGGUUACAAAGUCAGGAAGUCCGGGUCUAACGCUGCCUCUUGA